AUGAGUAGAAUUGAUAGAAUCUUGGUCUCGGUUAAUAUGAUGAAUAACUGGGGGAUUAUUGGUCAAAUGUUUGGUGAGAGGGAUAUUUCAGAUCAUUGUCUGGUGUGGCUAGUGUCGGACAAUGCUAAUUGGGGUCCUAAACCGUUCAAAUUCAACAACGAUUGGUUUUCUCUUGAGUCCUUUAUGCCUUUUGUUGAGAAAGAAUGGAAAAGUUUACAUAUAGAAGGAAGAGAUUUGGAGGUGGAGGAGGGGGUUCGGGAGCUUAAUUUGGCCGACUUGAAGUUAGAAGGGAAUGACGAUGAUUCUUUUGAGGAGAAUUUGGUUAGGAGGAAAGAAGCUUCAUGUCGAAUUUGGAGAAACUUGAGACUAAAAGAAAAUAUGCUUCUUCAAAAGGCUAGACUUAAGUGGAUGAAAGAGGGAGACGCUAAUAGUGGUUUUUACCACAAAGUGAUGAAAGAAAAAAGGAAUUUCAACCAUUUAGGUCCUAUUUAUGUGGAAGGCGGUACAAUGGAGUCGGUCGAUAAGGUGAGAGAGUAG